AUGGAGGCAACUACUAUUGAUACUAUCCAGAGAAAUGGUGACUCAAAAGAGACUGUCGAGUAUCUGCGAGAGAUCAUCACGUCCGAAUCCUCCCCUCUCGCCCAGCGAUUCCGCGCACUUUUUUCUCUAAAACAUAUUGCCUCAUCGAAACCACCAACGGAAGAAACAAUUCCAGCUAUUGAGGCCAUUUCUGCAGCGUUCACCUCUUCAUCUGCCUUGCUUAAACAUGAACUUGCAUAUUGUCUAGGACAGACUAGAAAUUUGGAUGCUGUCCCGCAUCUUCGAAGAGUGUUAGAAGACCGGGAGGAGGAUGCGAUGUGCCGCCAUGAAGCUGCAGAAGCCUUGGGGGCGCUUGGAGAUUCUGGAAGUUUAGAAAUGCUUCAACGUCUGCGGGAUGAUGCCUCUGAGGAAGAGGUUGUUCGAGAAACUUGCGAUAUUGCUGUUGACAGGAUACUGUGGGAGAACUCGAAGGCCAGCAAGUGUGAAGAACUAAAGGAGAGUGACUUCACGUCAAUUGACCCAGCCCCGCCGCUUCCGCUUUCCAACGAGAGAUCAAUCCCGGAGCUGAAGCAGACACUCCUCGACUCGAGCCUUCCACUGUUCAAGAGAUACCGCGCAAUGUUUGCCUUGCGCGACCUUUCCUCUCCUCCCGAUCUACCCACCGCAGUCCCGGCAAUAUUAGCAUUGGCUGAAGGUUUUCAAGACCGCUCCGCCCUCUUCCGACAUGAAAUAGCAUUUGUUUUUGGCCAGCUUUCUCACCCCGCCAGUAUCCCUAGUCUUAUUGCUACGCUGAGUGAUAAAGAAGAGGUUGGUAUGGUUCGACAUGAGGCUGCGGAGGCUCUAGGAAGUUUAGGUGCCGAGGAGGGGGUUGAAGAAACGCUGAAAAGGUUUUUGAACGACCCAGAGAAGGUAGUGAGGGAUAGUAUCAUUGUCGCACUCGACAUGGCAGAGUAUGAGAAGAGCGGCGAUCAGGAGUACACUUUAUUGCCGGAACCAGUGGCAGCGGCAUAA